GAAGAGUAAUUAUUCAUUCCGUGGAAGGAAUCAUCAGUUUCGUGGUGGCAGACAGUAUGGCAACCAUACCCGAGACAGUGGUGUACACAAUCAGAGGAGACCAAACCAGAUGCGAGGAAUUAAAUGUUUCAAAUGUGAGAAAUUUGGUCACAUGGUUAAGAACUGUCCUCUUAACAAGAAAUCAAAUGAAUCAAAUAUCACUGAAGAAGGCGAGCAAGAUAAACGUGGAAAUGAAGGAAUAGCUUUAAGCUCUACAUCCACCAAUAAAGGGACAAAUGAUCAAUGGUUCAUUGAUAGUGGAGCAACUAAACACAUGACAUUUCAGAGGAAUAUUAAAAAUGAUUACAAGAAAUAUGAGGAACCAUCUAAGAUCUAUCUUGGAGAUAAUAGAGUCAUCAAAGCAUAUGGCGAAGGAAAAGUGAAUCUUGAAUGUAAUGAUCAUAGAUUAAAGAAUGAAUAGGUGGCCCACUCCUUUGAUGUUUUUGACGCUGCCGCCUCGCACCGGAAAUUGACGGCCGCCAUGUUGCUGGCAAGUAGAUUGCAGCAAGUAUAAUAGGGAAAUGUAUUGGCGAGAAGUGUAUUUUCAGUAAUAAAAUGGAAAAUUUUUGUGAUCUUGUCUUUUAUCGUAUUUUCUGUGGAUAGUACAUUAAAGGGGAAGGUAAGAGGAGUGUAUUUUUGUAUUUAUGAGAUUAAGAACUGUAUUUAAAGUGAUUGAAAUCGUUCGUAAGAGUGAGCUGAAUGUGGACGCAAGAUACGCAUAUAAAGUGCUAAUGGAACUGUUCAUGUAAAUGGAUGAUAUGUUGGAUAUCUAAAAAAAUGUCGUUAGAUAUAACUUUCCCGGACUAUUUACGUUUAUAUUAUGUUCUUUCUUGGAGUUAUUUUUACACAAUUUUGUGAUAAAAUCGUGUGCUAUAUGCAACAGUAUAAACAAUGACUCCUGACAAAUACACCGUUCUGUUCAAUGGCAAUAAUUAUAAAAUCUUUUUAAAAUAUCAGUGUUAAAUCUUGGUCUUGAUAUGUUUAAUGUUGAACUGAUGUUUUUUAUAUAUGGUGAAUAAUAAUCGUGGCCUUUACCACCUAGUUUCUCGAAAGUAUAUUUACAUAAAUGUUGUGGUUUAUAAGUGGGUUACUUUGAUGUAUUUUCUGCUUUCUUUUUUUAGAUGCAAAGUUCCUGUUCCCAAACUUGAUUGUAUAAUAUAUCCUCAGAAACAACUUCAGUAUAUAUUCCACAGGAAAUGUUAGGCAAUGUUGGAAUGUGAUGGAUAUGCAAUUAAGGAGCUUCAGCAGCUCACCACCAACUGUUGUGGAUUUUGUAUAAACUGCAUGUGUGGAAACACUGCAUGUGUAAUCCUCCAGAAGCAUUGCUGCUGGUGUCCAAAUUCUUCAACUCCAAAGUUUCUUUAUACAUUUUUUUAAAUAAGGGAACUAUGUUGCAUCUUUCUUUCAAUGCAUGAUGUACUGCAGUUAUCAGAGGCAUACUGACUAUGUCGAUCCUGAUGUAAAGAAACUUUGGAGUUGAAGAAUUUGCUUCUGGAGGAUUACACAUGCAUUUGAUUGAUUGAUUGACACCUUUAUUUAAACAGGGUAGUCCAAUCAGUAGUAAAAACUACUGCUAUCAACUGGAGCCCUACUAUUUAAAAAAAAAUACAAUCUUUACAUGCUAUAUGACAAUUAGGUAUUAAAACAAUAUACUAUAUAUAUAUAUAUAUAUAUAUAUAUAUAUAUAUAUAUAUAUAUAUAUAUAUAUAUAUAUAUAUAUAUAUAUAUAUAUAUAUAUAUAUACUAGAGAAUAAAACUAUUUUUGCUUUUUAUUAUAUACAACACAACCGUUGUAAUAAAAGGAUUUCUUUGCCUGUUCAGUUCGUACUCGAGGCAAGUGCAGUUUAUGACUCUGCCUAUAGUCACUCUACUAUGUACCGAGCUGUUAAGAGUAAAAUAAUUUUUAAAAAGUUGCGGACAACGUCCCUGAAUACAUUUAUUGACUAAUUUAAAAAUGUUGUCGUCUCGCCUGCUCUGCAGAGAAGGCCACUUCAACAUGUUCAUUGCUUUAUCACUCUCAGGUAUUCUGGACACAAUCCUAGCAGCAUGCCAUUAAAGCUUUUCCAGACUUGAGGCAUUACCAGCACCGCAGCGAUCCCAUACUGUAUAGGCAAGUGUUUCCUUGACUAUAUUUUGAACCUGGAGGACAGCUUUGUGAAAACCUUUCAGUUUAUACAAAAUCCACAAUGGCAUAUCCAUCACAUUCCAACACUGCCUAACAUUUCCUGUGGAAUAUAUGCUGAAGUUGUUUCUGAGGAUGCAUACCGUAAACCUCCGACUAUAAGCCCCCCCCCCCUGAAUAUAAGCCCACCACAUAUACUAAUGCUUACCUCAUUCCAAAUAUAAGCCCUCCCGAAUAUAAGCCCCCCAAAUAUAAGUCCCCCGAAUAUAAGCCCAGUAGCCCACUACGUUAUUCAACAUUGACAUUGUCUUUUAAUAUAGCAGAGAACGAUAUAGCUGACUAUGUUAAUCAAAUCAAUAGUUAAUCUAUUAUUAAUACAUGUUUAUUUUCCUGUUUAUGACUGACUUGUUUAUGUCUGACUUGUUUAUUACUAACACAAAAGAUCGUCCAUGUAUUAGCCCCCCCUUGUAUAAUAAGCCCCCCUUGUGUAAUAAGCCCCCCCCCCUUGUGUAAUAAGCCCAUCAAAAAUCGCUUACGAAAGUAUAUAAGCCCAGGGCUUAUAGUCGGAGGUUUACGGUAUAUAUUAUACAAUCAAGUUUGGGAACAGAAACUUUGCAUCUAAAAAUGAAAGCAGAAAAUACAUCAAAGUAACCCACUUAUAAACCACAACAUUUAUGUAAAUAUACUUUCGAGAAACUAGGUGAUAAAGGCCACGAUUAUUAUUUACCAUAUAUAAAAAACAUCAGUUCAACAUUAAACAUAUCAAGACCAAGAUUUAACACUGAUAUUUUAAAAAGAUUUUAUAAUUAUUGCCAUUGAACAGAACGGUGUAUUUGUCAGCGUCAUAUUGUUUAUACUGUUGUAUAUAGCACACGAUUUUAUCACAAAAUUGUGUAAAAAUAACUCCAAGAAAGAACAUAAUAUAAACGUAAAUAGUCCGGGAAAGUUAUAUCCAACGACAUAUUUUUAGAUAUCCAACAUAUCAUUCAUUUGCAUGAACAGUUCCAUGUUUAUAAUAGCACUUUAUACGCGUAUCUUGCGUCCACAUUCAGCUCACUCUUACGAACGAUUUCAAUGUACUAUCCACAGAAAAUACGAUAAAAGACAAGAUCACGAAAAUUUUCCAUUUUAAUACUGAAAAUACACUUCUCGCCAAUACAUUUCCCUAUUUAUACUUGCUGCAAUCUACUUGCCAGCAACAUGGCGGCCGUCAAUUUCCGGUGCGAGGCGGCAGCGUCAAAAACAUCAAAGGAGUGGCCUUUCUGUUCAAUUCUUUAUUCUGUGGUAAUGAUGGUGCAGACAACAUUACUUUAAAUUUACAUAAAGUAUUAUUUAUCCCAGAAAUUAAGAAGAAUCUACUAUCAGUCCCAGCGAUGACCCAAAUGGAAGCUGAGGUUAUAUUCGACGAUGAAAAAUGUUAUAUAAUCAAGAAUGGGAAGACAAUCAACAUUGGACAUUUGCUCGAAAGCAAGUUAUAUGUUGUAAACACUCAACCAGACUAUGUUAACAUUACAACAACAAAAGUCCCAACACUAAGGGAAUGGCAUUGUAGAUAUGGGCACUUAAACUUUGGAUACAUCAAUAAAUUGGCACAAGGAAACUUAGUCACUGGUAUGAAAUAUACUAAGGGUGAAACCAGCCAAGAAUGUGAAGCAUGCACAAGAGCAAAGAUGCAUCGAAUACCUGUCCCAAAACAAAGCUCUAAUAGAACGACUCAACCGCUGGAAUUAAUUCACAGUGAUGUAUGCGGACCAAUGAACACUGACUCCAUUGGUGGAAGUAAGUACAUUUUAACAUUUACUGAUGAUUACACUAGAUAG